CUCGGAGAAGACUCACCGGUGUGUCGCUUGCUUGAUUGGGCGAUCUUUUCGAUUUUCGGUCGUUCCAUUGAUAUACUAGAAUAACAGCAAGACAGCAAGGCAAAUUCAUCACAGUCAGGCUCGAUUCUAAAUACAAUCAACAAAAGAGAAUCCCAGCUUAUCACACCAACUUGAUUAUCAAAGACUCUUUUCGAAUCACUGAGUUCUUGCUCGCGACUACUAAGAACAAGGUGUCCGUUGCUGCACGUAAGAAGUCAAGAAUACCGAGUCCAGAAAGAGUUGACUAAAACACAAAGAAGUGAGCUUCAAAGUACUCACUAUCCGAACCAGCAAUCAGGGUGAACCCAAAAAUGGAUUCGGCUCUGGAAACUGCAAUGCUUGAUGUCUUCUAUGCACCUGCGGACGGUAAAGAAUCUCGACUAUAUUCCUUUGCGUGGCGAACCAACGCUUCCCCUGAGGCCUUUGUUAUACAAUCUGUCGAUUUGGUCAUUGAAAGGUUGACCCAUGACGCUCAAGCGCACCAACAUGUCCCGACUUUUACAUGGCCCCAGAUCCUCCGUUCAGGGCUGGAGUUAGGAUAUGGCAAAUCCGAUAUUCGCACAUUCCUGGACCAAGCCUUACAAGAGCACGAUAGUACGGCAGCUCCGAUGGCCAUCAAGUUAAUCAUGCCGAAGGUCGGCGGCUACGUCGCGCAGUCCAAUAUCAUCCAAACGCGACUCCAUGGUUGUGCCCACGUCGAGUCAGUGGCUGGCUUUCUCCGACCUGGUGAGAGGAUCGAAGCUUUCACCGCAUCCAAGACACCUAGAUCAGGAAAAGCGGCUUUGAUCUCAGAACUCUACGAUCAGUUAACGACCGCGAUCGGUGCCGUCAGUGCCAUCAAAAACACCACCCCUGGCCUUGAAUCGCCCUGGCAGGUAUUAGACAGCAUAGAACAGGAAUUCCAAAACCGCCUUGGGCUGCAGUUUCUCGUGCCUGAGCCGGUCUUGCGAAAGCGCAUAGGGCUUGUCCAAUGUCUAGACUAUCGCAUGUCUCUCGAAUUGCUUCUACAUCUGAACAUAGACCUUGUUGUAUUUGAUGAGCCGGGAACUUGCAUGGAGGACUCUAAUGGCCCUCUUGCACACCUGCGGGAGUCGUUCCACCCCAUCGACUUGAACCCAGAUGAUGGAUUCGUGCAGCGCCUCUAUCUCGCAACUCGAGACCAACGCCUAGACGGUCUUACCUCGCGAUUCGACGCAAUCUUCGAGAAGGUGGCGCAGGUAGCUGAGCUCCUGAAGCUCCCUACACCCGCACCAUCGGCGAUGGCGAUUGCCACAGACAAGUACCUCACCCGCAUCACGUGCUCCGAACCGAACUUGGACCACAAUCAAGACGGGCCUCGAGGCCAAGCCAUCUGCGUGAAGAGCAGGCAGGAGUUGGAGAAGCGGCUCAUGGAUUCGGAGAAGCCUCUACAGAUACCCUAUCCUGUCGUCGUCAAACCUACGAACGGCUGGGGAAGCUAUGGGGUUGCCAAGGCUGUGAAUGAGACAGAGCUACUCGAUCACGUGGAGUGGGCAGCAGGUUAUAUUAUCGGCUUUGUCAACUCAGAAGUCAUGAUCGAGCCGUACUGCGACGGACCUGAAGUCGACAUCAAUCUCGCCAUGUGGGAUGGAGAGGUGACGUUUUUUGACGUUUGUGACAAUGCUCCGACCGCGGGUGAUCUCGACGAGGUGACGGGAAGCGGGAGGAAGGACUUUCAAGAGGGUCUGUUCAUGUACCCGUCCCAGCUGCCCGCAUCGGAGCAGACCAUGGUUUGCCAAUAUAUUCACAAGUGCAUCCUCCGCAUGGGCUUUCGUACAGGCGUCUUCCACUGCGAGGCACGCGUCCGGGACUCUUCCAUGCACUAUGUUCGACAGAGCGGAAGCGGCAUCAUCGACCUUGAGGCGAAGUCCACCACCAGCGAUAGCGAACCCAGCGUCUUCCUCCUCGAGAUCAACGCCCGUGCGCCGGGCUACGUCGGCCUGUACGCUUCUGGCUGGAACUACGGUGUGGAUCUGUGGGCGCUGCACAUGCUGCACUGCGCCGGAGAUGAAGCUCGCUUCCGUGCGCUCUCAGUAUCCUUCUCCAACGGUGCGCAACACGACAGCGCGGUGCUACUCAUCAUGCCAGAGAAGAAGGGAAUAUUGCGAUCAGAGGAUCCACGGCCGCGGCUGAGACAGGAGAAGCCGGAGUUGGCUGCGUGCGUGCCUCUUUGUUUGAAUUACUUCAAGGUAGGACAAGAAGUGACACCGCCGGAUGAUACGGAGAACUGCUUUACCUCGGUGAUGGUGGUGGAAUCGAAGAAGGGAAGAGCCGAUCUGAUGAAGACAGUGGAGGAGGUAAGAUUCGAGUGGACGCCGGUGAUCGAGUGAGUGAGUGUGAUGAUACGGUUCAAGAACUACCAUCAUAACUCGAACUAGACCAUAUCCCUGUAGGUUAGAACAAAACUCAUAUUUUCAUACCCAUCUUACUACUAUCAUCUCUACAGUGAAUGUUGUGCGUUUGAAUGUCGAACACAAAACAAUGUAGAAUAGUAUAUCAACGCUGAAUAAUUCUUUGGAAUUGGC